CUCCAUUGGCGGAGCGGUGGCGGAGGCACCAAUGGGAACGCGGUGCGGGGCCCGGGGCGUCCCGCGGCGCGGAGCGGAGCCAUGGCCGUGGGCGAGGUGUUGCGGCUGGGGCUGCUGCUGGGGGCCGUGGGCGCGGCGGCGCUCGGGCCCCACUCCCUGCGGUAUUUCCUGACCGCGAUGACGGAUCCCGGCCCCGGGAUGCCGCGGUUCGUGGCCGUCGGGUACGUGGACGGCGAAGCCUUCGCGAGCUACGACAACGAGAGCCGCAGGAUGCUGCCCAUCGUGCCGUGGCUGCCGCAGGAGCAGCGGGAGCACUGGGACCGGGAGACCCGGAGGAUGCAGUACCGUGAGCUGGAUUUCUACGACCAGCUGGACACGGUGCAGAAACACUACAACACAAGUGGAGGGGCUCACACGCUGCAGAUGAUGUUCGGCUGCGAUCUCCUCGAGGACGGUAGCGUCCGGGGGUACAAUCAGUACGCGUACGACGGGCGGGACUUCAUCACCUUCCACAUGGAGAUGGGACGUUCACGGUGGCCGAUGCAGUGGCAGAAAUCACCAAGAGGAGAUGGGAGGAGGAGGGGAUGUACGUCGAGAGAUGGAAGCAUGAGCUGGGGAACGUCUGUGUUGAGAACUUGAAGAGAUACCUGGAGUAUGGGAAGGCAGUGCUGGGAAGGAGAGGUGAGGGCGGGGGGGGACAUGGGGCCGUGCUGGGUGC